AUGGCUACCUCAGACACGAGCUCUACUGCCACAUCCCCGACGAAUGCCGCCGUCGUCACCGGGCCUGUCGUCACCACCGAAAACAGCACCUUUUCGAGGCUUGGCCAUGCGCUUUCCCUAGUUCAGCAGAUCGAGGCGCUUGGGGAGGACCCUCCAGCGUCAAUCGUCCCCGAGCAAUGGCCUGUUGUGACCUGCAAGAAGGGCCUCAAGUACGUACCUGAAAACUGGCUAGAUAAGCGGCAAGACAGGCGCUCUUGGGUGUGGAAAUACGGCUUUUGCGUUGCCCUUGUCGUCGAUCCAACUGUCAAGAUGAAGGCGAAAAGCUUCCAUUUCGUCUGCAAGCGAUGUAGUGCAACGUUCAACGCUCAAUCGACUUCGGCCGCACGAAGUCAUCUCGAAGAACAACACCGUAUUUUUGACGAUAAACCUCACUCGAAUUCGAACGACCCCCAAGCUACAACAUCAAGAAAACGAGCUGCAACCAACCACAGUAUUAGCGAGAUGUUGAGCCGCAACAAGAACAAAAAGUCGACGGCCGUGGUUCCAAGAACCCAAGGGGAGCGCUUUCGUUACCUCCUUGUUUGUUGGAUGGCUACGGCAAACAUUCCGUUCGCCGCGGUGGAAAACAAGUAUUACCGUCAAAUACUACAGCUCUUCAACGCUCCAUUAACUGACGCCCUUCUUCCAAAAGGGGGGGAUACAACAAGAAGCUGGCUCACAAGUAUGUAUCACGAUCUUCUUGAUUCAAUCAAGAUUAAGCUCAAGGCUUCUCCACAUCAGAAACAUCUCUCUUUCGAUCUGUGGACCUCCUCUCAUGGCCUUGCGCUACUCGCAGUCGUUGUUCAUUACUUUGAGAGCUCUGGAAAUUAUCAAACACACCUCCUGACUCUGUCACGGAUUACGGGGACUCAUGCUGGCGAGAACAUUGCACCUGGUGUUCUAGACGUCAUCAAGACGUUUGACCUACAGCCCUGCCUUGGAUAUUUCCAAACCGACAAUGCAGAUAACAACGAUACGGCAAUGACAAAGGUCCUUUUACACCUCAAUCCAACGCUUUCCCCUGCGCAAGCCAUCGCCCUCAAAUGCAAGGUCCGGGUCCGUUGUUUCGGGCACAUAUUGAACCUUGUUGCUAAGGCCUUCCUUCAAGCAACCAACAAGAAGCUCAUCAAGUCCCUGGCACCGGAAUCCCUGGCACACCACAACGCAGCGGAAGAGGGAAGGCUUCUUCAGGAAUGGCGCAAGUCUGGCCCUAUUGGAAAGCUCCACUUCCUGGUUCAUCACAUUCGCCGCAGUCCUCAACGCCGGGAUCUGUUUUCGGAUAUCGCUAAGGGCAAGUUGACAGAGGAAGAACAGCAAGAAUUCGGCGCUAUUCUAAUCGACAAGGACAUUGCAAAGCUGCAGUUGCGUUCGGACAAUGAGACUCGAUGGCAUUCAGUCUACCACAUGAUCGACCGGGCAAUCAUGUUACGUGAUCCUCUGGAUUAUUUCGUCAACAUCGUGACCAAGAAGGAUCCAGAUAAUAUCACGAGCGAUGACCAGCUUACGCCUUCAGAGUGGGUGGUGCUCAAAGAGAUCCGUUGCAUCUUGGAACCGUUCAAAAUCAUUACAAAGAAGUUUGAGGGCCGGAAACCAAACUUUGCGGACGUCGUAUCACAUGCCUACACCCUGCACAGGAACCUCAACGAACUCUAUCAACAGUAUGCCAGAACAGCCAGUCAACAUCACGAUUUCCAUGGGGGUCCCUGGGUUGGUAUACGGCCACCGUCGCCGGCCCUGGGAAACUCUCUCAAUCCCGGUCGGAUGCAGUCGCUUUCGUCAGACCCAGACCCAGAUAUUGAACCCCCAGUCAACGUGUUGAGCCUCCAAGUCAACGGCGAUCUGGGCGAACUAUCCGGCCUCCAGCUCACUUGGACGACUUUGAAGUUGACCUCCCAGCAUUUGGAUAUCGGCCCUCUACCGCAGAGCCCCACCCAGCGCCAUCGCCACGCCCUCAACAGCGUGUUGUUCAACUUGGGGAGGUAA